AAUGGACCCACCAUCCACCACCCACCCUCACUUCUUUUUGUCCUUAAUUAUUUACCCACUCUAUUCUCUUUAUAAAAUCAACACAUCUUAAUUAUCCAUCACCACCACAACCACAACCACAACCCAUUUUUCAUUCAUUAUCAUCAACAACAAAGUGAUCAGAAAUGGAGGCAAAGGAACAAGAUGUCUCAUUGGGAGCAAACAAAUACCCAGAGAGACAACCAAUUGGUAUAGCAGCUCAGAGCCAAGACGAUGGAAAAGACUACAAGGAACCACCACCUGCACCAUUGUUUGAACCAUCUGAACUCACAUCAUGGUCUUUCUACAGAGCUGGGAUAGCUGAGUUUGUGGCCACUUUUCUGUUUCUUUACAUAACCAUCUUGACGGUUAUGGGUGUGAACAGAUCUGACUCAAAAUGCAAAUCUGUUGGUAUUCAAGGGAUUGCUUGGUCUUUUGGUGGCAUGAUAUUUGCCCUCGUUUACUGUACUGCCGGAAUCUCUGGGGGUCACAUAAACCCAGCAGUGACAUUCGGUUUGUUCUUGGCGAGGAAAUUGUCGUUGACACGGGCGGUGUUUUACAUCGUGAUGCAGGUGCUUGGUGCUAUCUGUGGAGCUGGUGUUGUUAAGGGUUUUGAGGGAAAGACCUUGUACGGUAAAUUCCACGGUGGUGCUAACUUUGUUGCUCCUGGUUACACAAAAGGAGAUGGACUUGGUGCUGAGAUUAUUGGUACUUUUGUUCUUGUCUACACCGUUUUCUCCGCCACUGAUGCCAAACGUAGCGCUAGAGACUCUCACGUUCCUAUUUUGGCACCCUUGCCAAUUGGGUUCGCUGUCUUUUUGGUGCACUUGGCCACUAUCCCAAUCACUGGAACUGGUAUCAACCCUGCUAGGAGUCUUGGUGCUGCCAUUAUCUUCAACAAAGACCUUGGCUGGGAUGAUCAAUGGAUUUUCUGGGUUGGGCCAUUCAUUGGUGCAGCUCUUGCAGCCCUUUACCACCAAGUUGUCAUCAGAGCCAUUCCUUUCAAAUCAAGUUAAUUUAAUCCAACGGUUUGUGAUCGUUGAUGCCAAAAACAAGCAAACUUUGUGGGUUUUAUUUCAUCCUUAUCUUGUUUUGUUUCCCUUUUGACCUUUUUUGUAUGUAAAUGAUGUUGUAAGUGUAACGUGAUAUGAUUAUUAUUAGAUGGUGUGUGCGUUGCGUGAUGGGUCAGUUUUCCAUUACUUUUAAGUUGGAAUAUGGCCCAGCCCAUGUGUGAUGUAUUGUUGUAAUUGUCAUUUUAAUUUAUUAAAAAUAAUAAUGAUAUUCUCUGUUGGUAUUUUUCUCAA